GGGUGUGUUCCUGCAGCUGAGGCAACUUCAGGACACAGCUUCAUAUGUUGAGAGCUGACUUUCCUGACAGUCAAAUGAGACUCGCUGCUCUUUCAGGUCUGUAUUUGUCUGCAGAACUUGGCCAGGCAGGUCAGAGUGUGGAGAUGCAGCCCAGCAGCACAGAAACUCAGCUCCGGCAGCUGUGGGGCCGAUGGAUGAGCCUGCUGAGCCGCCUCCAGGACGAUCCCAAGGUGGCUCUGGUGCUGGACAGCAGGUUGGGUCAGUACCUCAGCAAACACCCUUUCUUAGCGGUCACACUGGUGCUGUUCGUCGCCAUGGCAGCAGUUCCUGUCGGGCUCUUCCUGACCUUCGCCGUGGUGACCCUCACCAUGUCGGUCGUGGGCUUUGUUUUCUUGGAAGGGUUCCUGCUGUUCGUGGCGGCGGUCACUCUGCUGUGCGUCCUGUCCGGCGUCGCCUUCUUCUCCGUCCUGGUGUCCGUCAUCACCAACACUCUGCUCGUCACCGUCUCCGGCCUCCUGAACCUUUAUGACCCCAGUCUGACUCAGCGGAGAUUUCAGGGGAAGGAGGGCCAGACUUCAGCAGAGAAGGAGGAGCAGUAGCCUGAGGACACCUGAAGCUGGGCUGGUUGGGUCGGAGGAUGCUGAACGUCCCGGAUGUUCCUAAACUCUGCUGCUGUAACAGAUUUUAUAAGCACAAAAAACUCCCUCACGGCUACUGUUUGACUGAAGUGUCGUGAUCUUAUCAUUAUCUACGUAUCUGUAGCACAAGAAGUAAACAUCUCCAAAGCGUGGAACAACUAAUCUUUCACCAAAUGCAGAAGACUUCUAAACGGUGCCUCAUUUCACCAACAAGGCGACGGAGACGCUGUGGACGUUAGGCGCUGCUCCAGAGCGGGCUGUGAAAAGAGCCUCUCAUGUGUUUGCAGCUAUUGGAUGCUCAUGAAAACACACUGGAGUGACUGUUAUGUGUUUGUGUUUGCUGUUACAUGAAAAGAGCAGAGCGUUGUACGUAUGUAAAACCUGCAGCUUUGAAUAAACGCUCAUCAGAAGCAA